AGACUUGAAGUCGACGAGACGACGCGCGGGCGACGCUGACAGUCGAAACGCGUUCGCCGGCCUGUUGAUUCCGCUAUCUGUUUUAUAAAUUUAUUUGUAAUAAUUACCAUGGCGUACACCUGGGAUAACAGGGUCGCGUUUGUUGUUCGUUAUUUGUACGAUAUCGACAACAACGGCUAUUUGGAUGCACAUGACUUUCAUUGCCUCGCACUUAGAACUUGCGUUCUGGAAGGCAAAGGUGACUGUAGCGCAUCCAGACUGCAGAAGUACCAGCACAUCAUGAUGAGCCUGUGGGAGGAGAUAGCUCAGCUCGCAGACUUCGACAAGGUGCCAGAUUAUGACGGUAUUGUAACCGUGGAUGAGUUCAAAGUAGCCGUCCAGAACAGCUGCAUCGGCCGGAAGUACGAGGAGUUCCCUCAGGCGAUGAGGGCCUUCAUUGAGACCAACUUUAGAAUGAUAGAUAUAAACUGUGACGGAAUAAUUGGCAUCGAAGAGUUCAGGUACGACUGUGUCCAGCGCAUGGUGGUCGACGACAUCAGGGUUAUAGAUGAGGCGUUCAACUCACUGCUAAAUGACGACGACAGGAGGAAAGGAGGUCUUGCCCUUUAUAGGUAUCAGGAACUAUUCGCUCAAUUCCUCAGCGAUCAAAGUGACGACUGUCAGGCCAACCUGCUAUUCGGACCCUUAGAAUUAUAAUAUUACUAUAUAAUUACUUAAUAUUUCCCACUAACAACCUAUAAAAUUAAUUAAGACCGGUAGCUAAUAUAUCUUUCAACGAAUACCUGACCUAUAACUACAGAAAUCGUCAAUAUUUAUUAAUAAAACAAGCCAUCUUAUAUUAGAAAGCCCCACUAAAAAUACAUUCAGAAGCUUAGCGUUCCACGCGUAAGUGUUUGAAAAUAGAACAUUAUAGAAAUGUACCGUUAACUUCUAUAUCAUCAAUGUUUUUUUUUUUCAUGUAUUUAAAAUUUGAGUAUUUAUUUAUCCGUCCUCUUUUUACCUAAUUUGUCAGAAUUUAUUUGAUUCUGCAAUGGACUGUUUUAAUUUUUUUAUAUUCAUUGAUAUAAUCUUGGAAUAAUAGCUAAAGCUUAGAAUUUUAUUUUAGCGGAGUAACUUUUGGUAGGUCAAUGUCAUCUUUCGACAUUUUCGAUUAUAGUAAUGCAAACUUUUUAUACUAAAUAUCGACCUCAACAAUUUAGGUGCAUUUUUUUGCUCUGCACGUCACUAAUGGAUGAUAUACGACAGUCAAUGUAAGGUUUUAGGUUAGGAAUAUCUUUUCAUUGGUACUGUAUCUUUCAUAAUUUUUUGGCACUGUUUGAUGUAAGAAAAACACGCCAUAUUUUUUGAAUUAAUUAGGCGCUACUUUUAUGCUUUAGUUUUUAUGCUAAGAUUAAAAUGAAUGAAAGUAUAUAAUGUUGCAAGUUGAAAAAAUAACGGGAAUGUGAAUGUGCAAUCGUUCUUAUUAAAAUUUGUUGUAAGCGUUUUAUUUAUUAACUUGUUAAAGAAUAUUUACCAGUCAUUUUUAUAUUUCCUCGAAUAAAAAAAUAUUUGAUUUUCA